CGCGCGACUAUCAGAUGUCAACAAGUUGAAACUGUCAAAUUAUAUUUCAAUCAAUUUGAUAAGAAUCAGAUGUAGAUGUAUUAAUGAAAGCAUGCAUACAGAUAAACGAUAACGUUUUGUUGAUAUGCGACAAAAGACUAUUUGCGGAAAACUUUGAAAUGCGCUUUUAAAUUUUGGAUGUCCAGGAUAUAUAAAAAGAUAUGUCAGCAAGCAAGAAAUUGACCGAGUCAGCUGAGCAUGACAUGUACAUUGCUCAAUUAAAGGAAGUGUUUGACAGUUGUGAUGAGACUGGUUCAGGUACAUUAGAGAGACAGGAACUGCUUCAACUAUGUGAUAAAUUACAGCUUGAUGACCAGUCUGAGUACCUUGUCAAUGAGCUUCUGAAAAACAAGGCACAGGUUGACUUCAAAGAAUUCCGUGAAUCUUUUGUGAACAUUUUAUGUCAAACAUACAGCAAAGAGCCAUCAUCUGAUGAGGAAGAAGAAGGAGAAACUGAGAGUGAGUCAGAAGAUGAGAUGAGUGAUAAUGAUGAUACAAUGGUAUCCGAGAGUAAUGAUAUUCCAGUUAAAAGAGAGAUGAGCCCCAAGUAUAUAGUAGGAGAGAAGCAAUAUGGUCGUCGGUCAUUACCUGUUAGUGCGGAGGAAUUGGAGGAUUUAUCUGUACUGGAUGAGGAAGACAUCGAGGUGGCCUCAUCAACAAAAUCUCUCAAACGUUCGAUCACUGUUCAUGAUGACACCGACUCUGAAGAGGAUGUGAGUGAAUCACAAAAGAGACGUCGAGGGUUUGAGGAGGGAGCUUCUGGCGGUCAUUCUGACACUGAAACCUAUGAAGCUGAAGGUCAGUUAAACUUGAUGAUGGCUGAUAUAGGAGAUCUAACAGAGGAGGAAGAUUAUCUGCGUGGUAUCUGGACCAAUCUUGGUGUCGGCAGGAAUGGUUACAUUGAUAUUGCUGAACUUGCCAUGGUCUGUUCACAUAUUGGCAUGGAACAGAUGAAUGAUACUCAACUACAACAAUUGUUUGAAAAGUUGGAUGCAGAUGGAGAUGGGCGAGUGUCAUUUCGUGAAUUUCUUAACGAGUUAUUUCAGCAUAACACUCCCCCAACAGCUCAGCCGCCUACCACACCAAGGUCAAAAGGUCCAACACCUACACGACCAUCGUCAACUCCAACACGUGCACACUCGGCACAAAAGAAACUAAAGUUCCCUGGUAGUGAGGAGAGGAUUACACCAUCUAUUGUACAGGGCACAGGAGUUACUGGUCUUUUCUCUGCUGUAGAUCUAAACAGAACUGGAUUUGCUAAACCAGAUGCCAUCUUAGAUCUAUGGGAAAAGUACAAUGUAUCAAAUGGUUCUGAUGUCCUUCUGGCUUUAGGGUUUGAUUUGAAUACCAAGGUGAAUCUAAGUGAGUUGUCUGCUGCUCUAGAACAAGAGUUAUUGAACCCAGAGGAGCAGAGUAUAGUGUACCAGGCCGCACUAGCCUCAUACCAGCAGGAAAUGAGACAUCUCAAAUCAACCGUGGAGCAGGCUGUAUGGGCUAAAGAUAAAUUAAAACUAGAUCUAGCUGAAGCCAAUGCAAGGAAUUCUCUGCUAGCUAAGGAGGUAGAUGAAAGACAUGCUUCUAUGGAAAAGUCUUCAGAAUCUAAACUAUUCACAUUGUUGUGUGGUAUAAAAUCUACAUACAUGUCUAUAGAGCGCAAGUACCAGGAGCAGGUGAAACAAUUACAAGGAGAGUUAGAUAAAGAAAGGGAGAAUUAUUCUACAUUCACUGCCAGUCAUAAACUUAAUAUUGAUGCAGAAAUGGAGGAGUUGAGGAAUGAGGAGGCAAAGCUACGGGAACAUCUUGUUCAAGCUCAAAAAGAGAUAGAAAAACAAGGUCAUGAACUUGAAGAGGUAACAGGACAACUUGAUGAAUCAGAGAAACAAUGUCAAAGGUUACAGAGGGAGUUAGAAAAUGUUGAAGAUAUUCAUAGAAAGCUUGCUGAGUAUGAAGGUACAGGGUUGCUUAGUCCAGAAGAACAAAAAUUUACUCAGGAAAAAUUACAGCGAAUUGAGCAAGAAAAUAAGGAGUUAAAGGAUCAUAAUGAUGAGUUAACAGUAGAGAUAGAGCAGAUGAAACAACAGAUAACGCCAUUACGUAAACCUAGUGACAUGUCCUCUGAUACACAUACACCCAUCAGGAAACAUGGAUCUAUCAUGUCUGAUUAUAUCAAACCGGUUAUCGUCAGAAAUCAAUGCUCCUCUUCUGCUGAGUUUUCCGAUGAUGAACCUCAUAGUAGAGGUCGCGGCUUGCCUUCCACUGAGCACGAUGAUGAUGAUAUAAUUCACAAUCUUAAAAAGGAUCUGGCUAAGUUAGGAAUAACUUAUGGCAAAGGUGUUGGUAGUACUGGAGAUAAGGAGGUUAUAGAAGAGUUAAGGAAAGAACUACAAGAACUCAAGGAUCAUUUUGAUAUAGAGAGACGGGAAAUAGAACAAGCCCAUAGACUAGAAAUAACAGACAUUGAAGAAAGACAGGAUCAGGAAAAAGGUGAUCUGCUCAACCAUAUAGAGAGAGAAAAGGUAAAGAUAUCAGAUGAUUUUGAGAGAUUACAACAACAGGCAUUAUCAGAACUAGCAAGGGAAUUGCAGACCAACUUUGCCCAUGAGAAGGAAGACCUCAUACUGAAACAUGAAUCUGAGAAGAACCACUUACAACAAAAGUUCAUAGAAGAGACAGAUAGACUAAGAGAAAAAUUGGAAUCAGAGCAUCAGGAAGAAUUAGAGAGUCGUAUAGAGGAAGUGAGGUCGGUUUGUGAGCAGGAAAGAUUCCAGGUGGAGGAGGCUUUAGCUGAAGCACAACCUAUUGUAAAUGAUCUGGAGGAACAAAACACACAACUACAGCAAAAACUCUCUGAACAAAAAGAGCUGAAUACUCAGCUAACACAAAAACUUGCCAAACAAAAGGAUUUGAUUCACGAAUUAGAACAGAACCUUGAGGAUCAAAGCACUCAGUCUCAAAAGAAACUAGCCAAACAGAAAGCACAUGAUACACAGCUGGAAGAAACUCUUGAGGAAGAAAAUACUCAGCUGAAAGUAAAACUGUCAAAGCUUAAGGAACAAAACACAUUGCUGGAACAGAAACUUGUAGCACAAAAUGAGCAGUGUGAAAACCUGAAACAAACACUUGAUGAACAGAAGUCAGCACUUGAACUGAAACUUAGCAAAGAGAAAGAAGAAAAAAUAAAACUUGAAGAAAACACUGAGGAACAAACGAAAAAUCUUCAACAUAAACUCACCAAACUAAAGGAGUUUAACACACAGCUUGAACAAACACUUGCCCAACAGAAGGAAGAAAGUGAUACAGAAUUGAAAAGACAAAAAGCAGAAAUGGAAGGAAUGUUAACUAGACAUAUGCAAAAGCUUGAGGAUGUUGAACGACAGAAACAUGAAAUAGAAUUACAUUAUAAGAAAGGUUACAAUGACACAGAACUAUCAUUUAGAAAGGAGAAAAUGGAUCUGACCAAUGAAAUAGACAGGCAGUCUCAGGAUAUCAGAGAGCUACAGAGACAGAAAGCAGAGUUAGAAUUAGAGCUAAAACAACAGAGAGAUGAGCUUGAGCUCUCAUUUAGACAAGAAAAACAAGAGAUUUUAGAGCUCUAUGAAGAAAAGAUCAGAGAGAUGGAACAGAAACUAAUCGAGUCAGAGAAAGCACAGGAUAAUCUGCUGAAGGAGGGUGUAGAUUCACUUUAUGGUAAACUGAAGGACGACUUUUAUAGACUGUUGGAUGAUGCAACCAAAGCUAAACUUGCUGAGGAGAAGAAGAAAUUAGAUGAAAACCUUAAAAAAGAAAUGGAAGCAAAUUUUGAUACCAAGAAAUCUGAACUGAGUCAUUUAUUUGAGAAAGAGAGGACAGAGUUAGUGGAGAGAUAUGAGGGACAGAUUGAGGGUAUGAGACAGGAGUUAGGUAGAUUACAGGAUAAACUAGAUGAGGAGAGGGAGAUACUGGCACAAAGAUUUGACAGUGAGAAAGAUGGAAUUGAGGAACAAUUGGCUCAACAAUUGAGGGAUGAACUAGAGGAGGAGUUUGUGCAGCAGAUGGAGGAGAUCAGAGAUGCCUAUGAUGAAGAGAAGCAUGAGUACGAAGCUCAGGCAAACCUCCUCAGACAGGAAGUUGAGGAACUGCAGAGUGCUCUAGAUGAUGAAGAUAAAAACAGAAAGAAAAUAGAUGAACUGAAGAAGGCAAAUAAUAAACUACAACAAGAAAGAAGACUGGCAGAGAAAGGACAAAUAGAAAUGCAAAAAGCUCUAGAAAGCACCAAACAGGCAUUAGAAGCCCGCAUUGAUGAGUUAAUGGCAGAGAAAGAAGGGGCUAUAACUGCUGUUAAAACAGAAUUUGUUGAGUCUUCCAAACAGAGUGGCAAGGAUAAGGCUGCUUUUGAUGCAUUGGCAAUAGAGAAAGACUUGCUUGAGGAAAGGGUGGCUGCACUAUCUCAGGAAGUAGCAGAAUUACAGGGACAGACUAACACUGUGUCUGACUUACAGAGGGAAGUGGAAAAAUUGAAGAAGGAUAAUUUAGAGUUAUGUGCACACAUUGAGGAGAGACCAACAGACAUAUCACAUCAACAAGUUCCACAACAUGCUCAGCAAGCUAUAAAUGAGCUUACUAGAGAAAAAUCAGAGCUAGAGGAGAGACUUGUUGAUAUACAGAAUAAAUUUGAGGAGGUGGAAGAUAUGGCAAAGAAAUACUCACACCUUCAGAAGAAGUAUGAGGAUGUUUGUAAAGAGAGGGAUAAGGUAUCACACCUAGCCAAGUCAUUGAAGGAACAGCUAAAUAAAGCAAGUACAGCAGAAAGAGAGGGGCAUGAGGAUAAGGGUAAACUAACUUCUGUACUUGAUGAGAAGAAACAAUUAGAGAUACAACUUCAGAAAAUCAGUGACAAGCUUUUAGAAGCAACAACAAAUUUCUCUGUUAGUCAGUCACAACAUAUCCGUGAGUUACAACAAUGGAAGGAACAAUGUAGCAACAUGGUAGAUCUACAGAAAUUUACCAAGUUACAGAUUGAUCUUGUUGACAACCAGAGAUCUCUUAGAGAUCUACAGGAACUACUCAAAACUAAAGAGGAAACAUUAACUAAAGUUUUUAAAGAGACAAGUGAUAAACACUUUGAGGAGGUGAAUAGUUUGGAGGAACAGAGAGAAUCUCUUAUGAAUAAACUGACAACACUACAGCAGAUACUUGAUGGUCAGAUAGACAAGUUUAAACAGCAGUAUGAGGCGAGUGAGAAGAGGAACGCUCUAGUUGUAGAUCUAUACAAGGAGAAUGCUGACCUCAUAGAUGAACUGUCACGUGUCGAGCUACAGAAGAAAGAUGCUGUGUCACGCUGCUACAAACUUGAAGACCAGUGUAAUCAUCUACGGAGAAUGCUCAAGAAAAUGGCAAAAGUUGCAAUCACGUGAUAAAUAUGAUAGAACUAUGCAGCAAUUUCGCCCUUGUGUUCAUAUAUAACAUUUAUACAGAGUACAUGAAAAAAACCUUCAUUUACUUGUACAUGUAUAUGUUAUAGAGACUGUCAGCAUUGAUGUGUUUGAUAGAAUAUAGAACUGUUUCUUGAUCUUUUAAGCGUUUUUGUGAGUUUGUGGGGUUUUAUUGGGAGGUUUGCAGUGAAUAUUUAAGGUGAUUUUUACAUAUACGCACUUCAAUCUUGUUCUCAGAUUCUUAAGAUGAAAGAAAAUUGGGAAAAGUUAGGUAUAGUGCAAUCAAGUGUGACAGGCAAAAGGAAUACUAUUGCUUUAACAUUACUUAUCUGUAGCAUGUUUUUAGAAGCUUAAUCUAUACAUUUAUUCUCAGAUGAAUUUAAGUCGUGUCAAUCAUGUGUUAGAUGUUUUAUAUUUAUAUAUUUAUUUGUCUGUGAUACUUGUACAUAUCAUAAUUUAUUAGAUAUUAAAAGGUUACCAGCACUUGA